AUGGAAGACACGGCUAUCAACUUGGCUCAUCGCUAUGUCCAGGCAGCCGAGGAACAUCAGGACCGACAACAAUGGACAGAAGCCGUAGAAAUGCACCUCCACGCAGCAGACCAGUUCUUGCUUGCAACAAGGGACACGCAAGACCAGGAGGUGAUCAAGACCUUAAAGUUCAUGAAUGCAAACCACCUCCGUCAAGGAAAAGACUUGCAACGAAAACUGGCAAAGGCAGCAGCAGAGGAAGCCGCGGCAGCUGCUGCGGCAUUAGCUCAACAGCAGCAUCUCAGGGUUAAAAACGAAAGGUCCAAUGGAUCCAGCCUGGGCACAUCAGAGUCAUCCUCGGCGGGAAGACGGCGUUCAAGCUCGGGACAGCAUCAGCAGGGUAACAGUGGUGGACUCGGUCAACGGCGACAUAAUGCGCCAUCGUCGUACACGUCGUCGAAUUUGAAUCAGCACGCUCUUGGCGAUCUUGCCGGUGAGGCACAGUCCAAGGGCGGUGGCGACACAGGGUCGGGGGGCUCAUACCUUGGCACAUCUUCCGAGGCGUCUAGCAAUUCGUCUUCUGCUAUGGUUGAAGAAUCCUUUACUCUCAUCAAGAGUCACGGGAAGGACAAGUCGGACCCAUUCAACAGGUUCUGGGAGGAAUUGGAGAAUCUGGUGCACAAGAUCUCUAAUCCAGUCGCCUUCACAUCAAUUCCGCUGGAUGGCGACGGCCCUUUGCAAAUCAAUGCUGGAUCGGCCGUGCUUCAUUCGCCUACAUCGGAGAACAGACCACCAUUGAGUCCAUUGGACGGACCUCAGUCUUCACAGGACGAUCUUUCCCAGGCAGACGCUACCACAAAGCAAAGAAACAAACUAACCAGUGGGUCCAUCUCGUCAAGGUCACAACCGCAAUCCCGAAUCCGCAUUGAUCCUUCUCCAAUGCAAGAAUCCUUCUUCAUUAUCGAUUCGCCCUCUCAGCGGAAUAUGGCUGCCAGGACUCGCUCGGCUUCAACAUCUGAAACAGGACUUACGUCAGCAUCUCUGGCAGGAUCUCAGCCGUCCAGGCCGCUAUUGUCAAGUCUUCGCCGGGCAGAGACUUCGUUUCGUGGGUCCAAGACGAUAGAAGAGUAUGCGAUUGAGAAUCAACAACUGAAGAUGACCCUUGACAAGCUUUCAAAGAGGAAUCUGAAAUUGGAGAAGCAGCUCGAGGGGGUGAUGCAGAUGAGUGUUUGGACCAAGGAUGUCCAGCGCUCUGCGAUGCAACUGAUCAAAAGCCAGGAUAUCCUUCGUCCUGUCAAGCAGUCCAUCCAAGAUCUCUCCACAGACAAAGCUGGUGUUCUGACACAGAGACUACAACAAUCAACAGCAGGACCACUGCAACCUUCCUCGGUAUCUUCUGCGACAAUGCCAACGACUUCAUAUGAUCAAAUGAACCCAACGACCAUGCAGACACGUCUAAAGGAGCUGGAGGAGGAACUUCAGAAAAUGAAGCUGGAGAACGCAAAACAGAACCAUCUGAUGAUGAAAUACAAGCAGCGCUGGGAGGAUCUGAAAGAGUCGGCCAAAAGGCGCAGGAAUGCCACUCCAACACCACCAGAGGGAGGUAGUGAUCCGAGCCAAGGUGGUGGGGACUUUGGAAGUCCUGUUCUCAGCCCAGAACCGUCAGGAACGUUCGGUGGUAAUGGUGGGUCCACGCCAGGCUCGAACCCUUACUCCAAUGCGGCGCUGGCUGGUAACUCUAGUGGGUUAGGUCAAGUAGCGCGUCCUCCAUUCUCUGCCCUUUCAAGGUCGUCGUCUGCGUCGGGUCCUGUCGUGUUACCUGGAGGCAGUUACCAGAGGAGGAUCAUGAUGGAGAGCAAGGCUGGUGGGGUAUUGGAUCAUACUCCUCUGAAUAUGCAUCGCCAGACUUCUGCCGGAAUGGUCUCGUCGACAACCCCGAGAGUGCUGGACACCUCUCCUAGGACAAAUGUCGGGUCUUUGCCCUUUGUCCCUGAGAUCCCAAGGCAGCCUAUGACAUCUGGCGCUACUGCUGCUAUAGUCGCGAUUUCGCCAGCUCACUCUUCACCUCGGUUACCCUCCUCUAACGACACUGGUACGAGACCUUCGAGCUCCUUGUCGCCUCCUGUGGGCGCACCCUCUUCUACCAUGCCAGGCUCAUUGCCAACCGACUCGUAG